UAUUGUUCCGUUUCCUUGUUCCUGCUUUACAAAACCGGCUGUUCUGCCCUUCCCGGGGGCUGGGGCGGCUCCCAUUCUAUUUUGUAGAAUAUAAACUGCCCCAAUCCAUGAAUUGCCCAUAAAAGCCAAUUAGAUCUGUAAUUCCAUGUUUGUCGGUUUGUCUUGACAAAUACUACUAAUUAAACAGUAUUUGGAUUAUUACACACGACAGUCCCGACGCUCAACCACACAAGCUGCUUUUGAGCCAGCAGGUGGAGACCUCCUUCCUGGUCUAGGGCACCCCCUGCUUUGACAGUGAAGCGAACUGGCCUGCCCAACGUUGGAGCUUGGGCGCGAACCAGAGAGGUCGGUCCUCCCAACUGCCUAGGCACCCCUCAAGCGGUCCAGGAUCCUGCACAUGGCGCUCACCGGAGCCUCCGACCCCUCCGGAGAGGCCGAGGCAGGCAGCAGGGAGGUGCCCUUCCUGCUGCGGGCCCUGCAGAUCGCGCUGGUGGUCUCUCUCUACUGGGUCACUUCCAUCUCCAUGGUGUUCCUCAACAAGUACCUGCUGGCCAGCCCCUCCCUGCAGCUGGACACGCCCAUCUUUGUCACCUUCUACCAGUGUCUGGUGACCGUGGUGCUAUGCAAGGGCCUCAGCGCCCUGGCCAUCUGCUGCCCGGGCACGGUGGACUUCCCCGCCCUGCGCCUGGACCUCAGGGUGGCCCGCAGCGUCCUGCCACUGUCUGUGGUCUUUAUCGGCAUGAUCACCUUCAAUAACCUCUGCCUCAAAUACGUCGGUGUGGCCUUCUACAACGUGGGCCGCUCGCUCACCACCGUCUUCAACGUACUGCUCACCUACCUGCUGCUCAAGCAGACCACCUCCUUCUACGCCCUGCUCACCUGUGGCGUCAUCAUCGGUGGCUUCUGGCUGGGUGUGGACCAGGAAGGGGCCGAGGGCACUCUGUCUCUGCUGGGCACCAUCUUUGGGGUACUGGCCAGCCUCUGCGUGUCACUCAACGCCAUCUAUACCAAGAAGGUGCUCCCAGCCGUGGACGGCAGCAUCUGGCGCCUGACCUUCUACAACAACGUCAACGCCUGCGUCCUCUUCCUGCCACUGCUGCUGCUGCUGGGGGAGCUCCGGACCCUCUGGGACUUCGCCCAGCUGGGCAGUGCCCACUUCUGGGGGAUGAUGACGCUGGGCGGCCUGUUUGGCUUUGCCAUUGGCUAUGUGGCAGGACUGCAGAUCAAAUUCACCAGCCCGCUGACCCACAACGUGUCGGGCACUGCCAAGGCCUGCGCCCAGACGGUGCUGGCCGUCCUGUACUAUGAGGAGACCAAGAGCUUCCUGUGGUGGACCAGCAACCUGAUGGUGCUGGGCGGCUCCUCCGCCUACACCUGGGUCCGGGGUUGGGAGAUGAAGAAGGUUCAGGAGGACCCCAGCCCCAAGGAGGAAGAGAAGAGCGCUGUGGGGGUCUGAGCUCCUGCGGGACCCAGGGAGAAGACCCAGGUGGCGCUGGAGCGGCACAGAAGGCUGUCCUUGUGGCCAGAGGGUGGCGUGGCGCGGAGUGGGCAUUGUUUACAGACCUGACGGGAACCCUGUGGCUGGAGGGGGAGCCAGUGUUCAAAAGGAAUGUCAGGAAGUUGCCAAACCUGUCUAUCCCCGGCCUGUUUCUAGAAUAUCCCACCUAGCAGAGCACCCCCGAGCCCCCUCCUCCCCCUCCCAGGGCCUGUCUACCUCUACUUCACCUCCGGGUUUGCGCUGGGCAAUAUCGGUGAAGUAAAGCCUUCGCUUAUACUCAGGGGACAUGGGGUGUGACCCCAUCACAGCCUGCUGAAGGAGACUGGGAAUCCCCACAUCCCUGGGCCCUGGGCGGACAGCAUGGCUUUGGCCCCAGCCUGCUUUGUGGGGGAAUGUGGGCAGACUGAGGAGACAGACCGAUGCCCCUUCCCCUCUGCCCUGACAAGUAGAUUAGAGUUACUUGUACCUGUGACUGACCCGGGUCAGUCACACCCAGGACUAGGAGUGGAGAUCAGGAGCACCCACCCUGUGCACCCCGUGUUUGCAGUUUCAGAACAUGGGGAACAACGUCUUUUACAGGCUAAGUAGGGUCAUGAACUCCCCGACCCCAGUGACCCUGCCACGGCCCCUUGAGUCUCCCAGGACCUGACGCAGCCACCUGGCUCGGGGGCCACCCUCUGGAAGUAGAGCUGGGGAGCUGGUUCUCCGCACUCUGCCUCCCCCAGAGCCUCUGUCUCGGGUGCUCAGCGCCGCACUCCUGAGUCUGAGCCUCUUCCGCGAUGAGCUGAUAAACACAUUUCCCUUCCUCCCUGAGGUUGGGGUUGAAAGAAACUGCUUGUCCCAAGCCUUAGUCCCCUGGGCUCUUGUAGUGAAGUACCAGAGACCAGGGUGACAAGGGGCAGGAGCUGGGUUCUCAGAGCCCUGGAGGCUGCAAGUCCAAGAUCAAGGCCCAAGGGACUGGUGUCCCUGGCUCGUGGGUCUUCUCUGAGUCCUCAGUGGUAGAAGCGCAAACUCCUCCCUCAGGCCACCUCUAAAAUCGCACAAUCCCCAUUUGUGAGGCUAUUCCUGUCACCUAGUAACCUCGAGGGCAAGGACUCUAAAGUGAAUUUGGGGGUGACACAAACAUUUAGGCCAAGCACCCCUCUGUCAGCCUCUGUACCUCGGGGUGGCUUUCACUCCGCCAUCCCUUCCAUUGGACAUUUUGUACCUCCCAUCUUAGGAUGGUUCCUAAUGUUUUUAGUCCCUGUAGUGAAAGCUGGGGAGAGUGGAUCUUCUCCCCAGCCCCUCCUUCCUGCCCCCCACAAUCCCAGGUGAUUUCAGUGAAGUCCUGGGGCCUGACACCCCAUGCUGUGUGUGAUUUAAUAAAAAGCCAAAGGAAAUAAAAAAAAAGUCAGAGGAAGACA